AUGGUAGGAUCACAGUGUUGUGAGAAUCCACCAGAUCUUAGUUUAAGUUCAGGAAUUGGAUGGGUUGAAGAUAUUGGAGGUCUUGAAAGCUAUAUUUCUGGUUCUUUGGAUUCAAAGCUUGGAAUUCUACUUGUUUCUGAUGUUUUUGGAUUUGAAGCACCUAACUUGAGGUAUAUCAACUGGCAGGUCAAAGUAGCAGCUACUGGAUACUAUGUCGUGGUUCCUAAUUUCUUUCAUGGGGAUCCUUUUAGUCCUGAAAAGACUAUGGUGACAUGGUAUCAGUCCCAUCUAACGGAAGAUGCAGCUAAAGAAGCGAGACCAGUAAUUGAAGCUCUAAGAAGCAAGGGGAUUACUGCAAUUGGAGCCGCAGGGAUCUGCUGGGGUGCAAAGGUAUCCGUGGAACUAUCUAAGCUAGCUGAUCUUAAAGCUAUAGUGAUGCUCCAUCCUUCACUCGUGACUGUUGAUGAUAUCAAAGAAAUCAAGGUACCUAUUUCGAUAUUGGGAGCUGAAGUUGACCACAUGUCUCCACCGGAACUUGUGAAAAAAUUUGAAGAAAUUUUAUCAACUAAAGCUGAGGUGGGUAGCUUUGUAAAGAUAUUUAAUGGGGUAAGACACGGAUGGACUGUGAGAUACAACAUCAAAAAUGUAGAAGUUGUAAAGCGUGCAGAGGAAGCUCAUAAUGACAUGUUAGAAUGGUUCUUUAAGUAUGUGAGGAGUUCUUUCCGUAGAAGUGCUUUGUAG